AUGAUAAGAUCAGCCAAACUUCCUUUUUUACCUGGAUAUUCUUUUACGCGUGAGAUUGGUCAAACCCGUUUUCAUAGAUCUACUCAAUUUGAAUACAUUCGAGGAUGUAUACCUUAUUUGAGUGAAGCUGACAGACCUGGAUUUGGAGGAUAUCCUAUAUCAUGGACCACACCGGAUACCACUCCAUCAAUUUAUCCCAGAAGAGAAUGUAAAGAAUUACCGGGAUGGUUAUCUUUUGAUAAGCAAAUUUUAACUUUCGAUGCAUAUUUUCAAGAAACUGUUUGGGAAGUUGAUAAAUGUCCAUUAAACGUUAGAAAAGUUAAAAUUUAUUAUUUUCUUGAAGAUGGUACAAUUCAAGUAAAUGAACCAAAAGUCGAUAAUAGCGGAAUGACACAAGGAGUUUUAAUAGCAAGACAAAGAAUAAGAUUUCCCAAACCUAUGGAUCAGGGAUUUUACGACAUGAUUGAUUUUAAUAUAGGGAAAAAUGUUGAAUUAUAUGGAAGAGUUUUUAGAAUAGUCAAUUGUGAUAAAUUUACGAGAAAUUUUCUCAAUAGGAUGGGAAUAUUCGUUGGGGAUCCUCUUAAUUAUCCUCCUGGUUAUUCUAAAAACGAAGAGAAAAAAAAUAAGGGUUUCAAUUUGGGUAAAAAACCGAGGAGUACGCCCCUUCCUUUGGGAAAAUAUUUGGAAUACGAUAAAAAAAUAUUAAGGUUUUUCGGGUACUGGGAUGACAGGUUUUCAUUAUAUGGAUACAUUCAUAAAUUAGAAAUAAAAUAUUUUUUAUGUGAUGAUACCAUUGAAAUAAACGAAAUCAUUCCGACAAAUUCCGGUAUAGAUUCUGGAAGCAUUUUCUUAAGAAAAACAUUGUUGCCAAAGACAUAUGAAAAAUUACCAUUUCCGGGAGAAGAAACUCCUUCAACUGUUUUAAAUAUUUGGCCAACUGGUUUUCUUAAAGGAAGAUAUAUAAUUGAUCCAAUAAGUCCUACAGGACGUGUUUCCAGUUAUUAUAAGGAUAACGAUUUGGCCAUCGGAGUUUCUCUAAACGUUUUCGGUAGGAAAGUUGUAUUGACAAAUUGCGAUGAAUUCACAAAAGAAUAUUACAGGACAAAANNNNAAGAUUUUUGGAUUGGAAACGUAUUAAAAUUGGAAGGUUUUAAAUUUAAAUUAAUUAAUGCAGACGAAUAUUGUUUAAGAUACAUGGAACUUCAUAGUCAAGAAUUUCCAAAAAGUAAUUCGAAAUUAAUUGUUGAAAAAAUCCGAGAAAAAAUCCGACCUAAUUAUAAAGAAUUUGUGGCUUCCUGUUUAGUCCAUAGUAUAAGUAAAGAAGGUGGUUUUGGUAAAAUUUUAAAAUAUUCAGAUUUUAGAAAAGUUCUUAUUAAUUUAUUCCGUGAUGAAAUAUCUGAACAUGAAAUUAUUACUCUUGCCAGACAAUUUAGAAUGGCCGAUCAGUCUCCAAAAUAUUCUAAAAGUCAAGUUAUUAACUUUUGCAGAGGAGAAUGCAAAAGAUACUUGUGGGGAGGUUUUCAAAGACUAAUAGAAUAUUUAUAUAAUAAUGAUUCUUGUUGUGGUGGAUACAUUCCUGAAAAAGUUGCUUUGUCCUUGUGUAAAGGUGCCAAAAUUCCCAUCACUCCAGAUUUACUAACCACUGUUUUCCAAUUAGUCGAUCGAAACGAUUGCGGACAAGUAUCAAUUGAAGAUUUAAUAAAUUUUUUCGACACAGAAAAAGGUCGGUUCAUAUCAUUUCCGCCAUUGAAUUUUAGUAAAGAAUUUUCCGAGCUGACAAAAAUGAAAGAAAAUUACGAUUCAUCAUGGAUCGAUUGCGAAUGUUUUCUUAAAAGCAUCGGAUUGGAAAAUUUAGAAACGGAUAAUAAUAUAGUAGCCAACGAUUCAUCGAAUCCGACUUAG